GCUCUUAACCGUCAUCACCGAACGCAAAUUCAGACCCGUAUUCGCAUCACGAGCCAGCUUAUUCGUCCCACUCGCCGCCCUUCAAUGACAGCAGUUGGUUUCAAUGAACCUAUCGAUUUUACCAACACCGUCAUCGAUUCGAGCACACGUUUUCGCCAAUCCCUGAAAUCACACCAUCAGGAAGUGUCGAUAAUCUCCGGCACCACGGUCGCUCGAUAUCGGGUUCUUGUGGCAGGAAGACUCUGGGCAGGCAAGACGACUCUUGUUAAUACACUCUGUGGCACGGCCCUUGAGCCAGAUAAAGAAGACAUCGAGAUGGAGGUGCCACAAGGUUCCCUGUUGUUGCACGAUUCUUCAGGAUUCCAGGGCGUAGGCCCAGGCUUCCGCCUUAUGGAAAGGUUUCUCGCCAACCGUCGACGAGCGAGAAAGUUUUCCACACGUGUGCAUGCCAUUUGGUAUUGUAUAUGCACCGAUUCCGGAAUGCAUUUGUCGCCUGCCGAUCAACAUUUUUUCGACAACGAUAUCGCUCAACAAGUCCCAGUCAUCGUUGUUUUCACCCGAUACCGCGGCCUCGUCACCAGGGCAUUCGCCGACCUCCGAAUGACACUCCAACGGGCGGAGGCUAUGGAACAGCGUUUUGAAAAGGCGCGGGAACUACUCCGAAUUCAAUUCAUCGAACCACUAAACGCGCUGCGAUUUCCCCCGACUGCCUACGUUAAAAUCGACGACCUAUUAGAUGAGAGCACCACCUUAGAGCAUCUCAUUCAGACGACACUCGCGCUAAUGACAGAGGACACAUUAAGACCCAUGGUAUUGUCCGUUCGACAAAGCAAUUUGGAUGCUUGUAUGGUAGCUGCAGUGAGCGCAGCCUUUGAUGCGAACGAAGGCACCGACCUGCCCUUUUUUGUUUUACGCCAUUAUCCUCAUAUCUGGAAAGUGGGUCUAUAA